GCCAUUUAGAUUCUCAGAGAGACGCAGGGUGCAGGAUACGUCGAAUCAAUCCGCAGGUUUCCCAUGGCGAGCAGAGGAAGCUUUACCAGCUCUGAGUUCUCCGAAGAUGAACUGGAGGUGAACCUUGAGGGACCUGAAGAUCUAGACAGCAGCGAUGGCAGCAGCUCCAACUGUUGUUACCCCAAGCCAGAGGAGCGCCAGACCAAAAAGCGUAACCGUCCGGUGCGCUCCAAAGCCCGCAGGGUGGCGGCCAACGUGAGAGAGAGGAAACGCAUCUUGGAUUAUAACCAGGCCUUCAACGCUCUUCGAGUGGCACUGCAUCACGACCUGAACGGAAAACGACUGUCGAAGAUCGCCACGCUACAGAGAGCCAUCAAUCGAAUCUCCGCCUUAUCCGUCUUUCUCACCAACAACCCACCAGCUGGUGUGUCAAAGCCCUGCAGCCACCUCGACUGCCACGGUCAACCCGGUGGGCCGUGGUCAGAAACUGAACAAUCGCCAUCUUUUCACCUGGAGACCCAAAACUUUACGUCCUGGCGCCCACCACUCGCUCAUCGUAUCCAAAACCCCAUGCACAGGCUGUCCUCAGACCAACACGUUUUGAUGGACAAUCAAAGACACGCAGGCCCUGCUUGUCCUCCGUCUCCUCACUACCCCUGUUUUUCCUCUAAUACCCAGCUGUACACAAACGGACACUGCGGGACCCCUACUAGCGAUACGGCCAGCCCGCCCAGGUAUGGGAGAUCGGGUGAUACCGGGGGUCAUCAACCAGGAAUUUGGGGUUCUUGUGGCUCUAGUUACGUGGACAAUUUCAGAGAACCACUUCAGACGCUUCCCAUGCCCUGGCACAUGAGCUACCUGCAGGACAUCGGCCCUCAGCACAGCCAAAACACGCUGUGAUGCGUACACGUGCACAAUGCCUCAGGAAAACUCUUGAAAGUAUUAAAGACUAAUGAGCACUUGGAAAACACUGCACAGUUCUG